GGGUGGGGUGGGGGGAGGAAACCGCCCUGGUCGGCUCCUCGCUGUUUGCCUGGAUGCUCUCUGGAGCAGGACCAGCUCCUUACAGAGAGAGGCUGCUGGGCACCCCAGGUUGGCCACUCGCACCGCGCUCCCGAGCUCUCUGGGCUCCAAGUUGACCGCAACUUUUCCAAGAGUAUCUGAAAGGCCUGAAUAGAAACAUCGGGGGUCCUGGGACCCAGCGGGGCAGAGAGGAGUCUCCCACCAACCCCCAUGCCCUUCCAGGGACCGGCCUGGCUAGGGGUGCGCUGUGGCGGGAGGACCGCACCGCUUGGGCUUGGCCGGGACAAGUCUUGCAGGGAGGCCUCCUUGCUCACCGCGAGGAGCUCGGGGGAGGCGAGGCCCAGGGGACGGAGGGGGGUCCGCUGGGGGGUCCGAAUGGCAGGAGGAGCAGCGCCGGAGGGCUGGGCGCGCGGCACUGGUGUGCGCGCAACGCCUGGGGCUGUCUCCACCUCUUCGGGCAAGUCGGACCUAUGAGUGCGCGGCUCGACUUACAGCUAUCAACAGCCCGGGCGGGUGAGCGCAGUGAACGCCGCCGAGGGGGGCUCGGGACCCUCGCGACUUCAGCGCAGGACCCCAGCUGUAACGCCAGCGCCCGCCUCCGCCCUCAGAGCCCCGCGCCCCGCGCCCCGAGCCGCCUCUCCACGCACUGCGGAGGCGCUCCGCGGGCCGGCCGGCCAGCCCCGACGGGAUGCCCACGGCCAUGCUCCCCUACGCUUGCGUCCUGGUGCUUUUGGGAGCCCACACGGCAGAGGCGACUGGGACGGGAGGGGACAGCCAUCUACACUGGGAGCCUCGCUGCCAAUGGCCCCUGCCCAACAGAGCACCCGUCACGGCACUGCUGCCCCCACGCCUCGAUGGGCCCUGGGUCUCCACUGGGUAAUCAGAAAGACCGAAAGAAAGGAAAAGGGAACUGUUUGCGUGCUGGCUGCGAGGUGCGCCCGGGACCCGAGUUCCUCACCCGUUCCUACACCUUCUACCCCAACCGUCUCUUCCGAGGCUACCAGUUCUACUACAGGGACCCCUUCUGCCGGGAGCCCGCCCACUCCUUGCUCAUCAAGGGCAAGGUCCGCCUGCGCCGGGCCUCCUGGGUCACCCGGGGUGCCACCGAGGCUGACUACCAGCUACACAAGGUGGGCAUCGUCUUUCACAGCCGCCGUGCACUGCUCGACGUCACCAGGAGCCUCAACCAGACCUGGGCGGGCCAGGACUGUGCCCAGCGGCUGCCCCCGGCCCGGGCCUGGCUGCCCGGGGCACUGUACGAGCUGCUGAGCGCCCGGGCCAAGCGGGACUGCACGGAGGCGCUGGGCUUCACCAUGCACGAGCUCAGCCUGGUCCGCACGCAGCGCCGUGUGCAGCUGCAGCCCCGGGCCGGGCCCCGGCUGGUGGACGAGCUAUUCCUGGGGGACGUCCACACCGACCCAGUGGAAAGGAGGCACUACCGGCCCACGGGCUACCAGCGCCCGCUUCAGAGCGCCCUGCACCACGCUCGCCCCUGCCCCGCGUGCAGCCUCAUCGCCGGCUCCAACGAGCACCACCCGCCCGUGCUGCCCCCCCAGGUGGUCCUGCCGCUGCGCCUGGGCGGCCGCUGGGUCAGCCCCGGGUGCGAGGUGCGCCCCGCUGUGCUGUUCCUCACCAGGCUCUUCACCUUCCACGGGCACAACCGCUCCUGGGAAGGGUAUUACCACCAUUUCUCGGACCCCGCCUGCCGUCAGCCCACCUUCACCGUCUACGCAGCCGGCCGUUACACCAGGGGCACGCCGUCCAACAAGGUCCUCGGGGGCACCGAGCUGGCGUUUCAGGUCACGCGGGCCCGGGUGACUCCCAUGGACCAGGUCACCACGGCCAUGCUCAACUUCUCCGAGCCGAGCAGCUGCGGGGGCCCAGGGGCCUGGUCCUUGGGGACCGAGCGGGACGUCACAGCCACCAACGGGUGCCUGCCGCUGGGCAUCAGGCUCCCCCACGUGGAGUACGAGCUUUUCAAGAUGGAGCUAGACCCCCUGGGGCAAAGCCUGCUCUUCAUUGGACAAAGGCCCACGGACGGGUCGAGUCCUGACUCCCCGGAGAAGCGCCCCACGUCCUACCAGGCGCCCCUGGUGCUCUGUGACGGAGUGUCCGGGCCCCUGCUGCAGAAGCCCGACCUCAGGGGCGGGGGGCCAUGUCCCCGAGGGGCCCCUCUCCCCGCCCUGCCCCUUGCUCUAGGGCUGGCCCUCCUCGAGUGGCUAUGAAAUUAACGUGGGACCUGCAGGCCGCUCCUCUGGCCCCUCGCCGCCCCGGGGGACUCCCUCGGGGCACCGACCCCUCCAGCCAUCGGUGAGGAAGUGCCCGUCCCCCGCUCGGCUCUGUCUCCGCCGUGGAGAGCGUGGAGAGCGACGCGGCCCCGCUGCCCCCUGGGGCGGGGGGGAGCUGAGCACCCGAAUCCAGGCGCACCUGCAAAGCCCAGGACAGCACGGCGGGCAAUUCGACGCGAGCACUGACCACGAACCUGGGCGCGGCCGCGUCAACCGCCGCGCGUUGCUGAGCGCUCGCUCCGGGGUUUCCCGGGCGGGUGGAGGACAGCACCCCUUCUCCCACUCCGCCCUCGGCCUUUUGGGGGACCGGGAGCGACAGUCCGCACGGGGCCGGGGCUGCUCGGCCGGGCCCGCGGCUUGUCUAAAGACGAUUAAUCCAUCCGAAUUUAGCGAGACAAACUCAAACCGCAGCCGUGAAUUAAAGAUGCUGCUUCGGGCUUUCGGGUACGUCGCCGCAGCUUUCUGGAGGAGGGCUGGUCUCCUUGGGGGCGCCUCGGCUGUCUUGCGCCCUGACUGCUGGCACUUGCCUGCACUUGCCCCUGCGUCUGCCAGCCGGGGCCUCGAGCCGGCCGCACUGCGCAGCCCUCCCGGGCCAGCGCUCCCCGGGGCCCAGAAGAGCGCCUCCCGCGCCCGCACCAGGCUGGCUGCUGGGGGCAGGUCUUUGGAGGAACCCGGCGUUUCCAGCCUUUGGAGAGUAAUUAAUACUAAUGAUCGCGGUGACACCGGCCUGCUCUGUAAUUAGCCCCGCACAGGCGUCCUCUGUUCUCAAGGCUCCCUGUGCUUAAGUGACAAGGAGGGAGAGGAACCUCCGAGUGUGUUUUGGGGACCAUCCCAGGGAGAGGUGAGGGUCACCGGGCUCCGUGGCAACUUCUGGAGAAGGAGGCAGCCUGCUCGCCGUGUGAUGUCCUCCUCUGCCUGCGGAGGGGGGGGGGGGCUGUCAUCAAGGUGGGGAGGACACAAGGCCCCUGCCUGUGUUCCCAGGGCCUCCUCUGUCUACUGCGAAAUUAACUAGCAUCCUGGUGGGCUCAAGGGUUUCCGGGACUCUGUGCCUGUGAUAGCCACCUCCUUCCUCCCCCCGAUUCCUAUCUCUGGCUCUUAUCACAGAUCUUGAACAACAAUUGUCUGUGAGGCUAAUGAUGCUUUCAGAGCAAGCCCCUGUCUUCCGUGAGAUUGUGUGGGGUUCCAUUAGCCCGCUGAAAUUGCUCUGACUUAUCUACCCAUUCUUCUUCAACAACAACAACGGGCAACAACAAAAAUACAAAAGAAAAGAACCCCACCAAGU